GACAGCGAAUUUUAGAUGCAGAAGUCAACUCUAAUCUCUCAAGUACCAAAAACACCCAUAGAGUCGAAACGACUGCGUGUGGAUGAAAUAAAAUCAAGGGUCUUACUAAGAAGAAACUGAACCAGGAAGAGUGAGCAUGAUGGACUCUUGUGUGCGAGCCGUGGUAGAAGGCAUACACUCCAGUCCCACUCAAGCCGUUGUCUAUCUCUCCGGCGGAGCCUCUCAGGCCCUUGGGUGGUUAAUGUCUGUACCAGGAGCCUCAAACACAGUUUUGGAAGCUGUGGUGCCUUAUUCUAGAAUGUCCAUGAUCCAAUUGCUAGGCAAGGUUCCUGCUAAAUUCGCUAGCAGGCAAACUGCAGAGGACAUGGCAUUGUUGGCUUAUAAUAGAGCUCUAAAGCUUUCCCAACCAGGUUACCCAGCUCUUGGCGUGGGUUUCUCUGGUUCUCUAGCUAGCACACGUCCGAAGCUCGGGGAUCACAGGUUUCAUGUGUCAACUAGGACAUCUGACCGGCUUUGGGUAUCUACUGUUACACUGUCAAAGGGCUUGCGAACCCGUGAACAAGAAGACACAGUUUCUAGUCAGUUCUUAUUGAAGGCAAUAGCAUAUGCUUGCAAGGUUCCAGCAACUUUUGUUUCGGAGUUAACAGAUCAGGAAGCUUCUGAUGACUUUGAAAUGCGAUUUGAAGAAGACCAAGAGUUUGAGCAACUUAUUAAUGGUCAAAUUUGCUGCAAGAUUUAUCCCUUUUCAAGUGAUAUGUUAGAGGCAGAAAGGAAGGUUAUCCUAUCGGGUUCAUUUAAUCCCUUGCAUGAUGGUCACUUAAAGCUCUUGGAAGUUGCUGUGAGCAUUCUUGGUGAUGGAUACCCGUGCUUUGAAUUGUCAGCAGUGAAUGCAGAUAAACCUCCGUUAACGGUGUCGCAAAUUAAAGAACGCGUUAUGCAAUUUGAAAAAGUUGAAAAACAUGGAGCCCCAUUGUCUUUACUCUCAAACCUUCUUCAGAGUGAUUCGAGUGAGAUUUUAAUGAUUACAGUGUUUCAAGCGCAGGGAAGACUGUCAUAAUUUCCAACCAACCAUACUUCUACAAGAAAGCAGAACUUUUCCCUGGUAGUGCUUUUGUAAUUGGUGCAGACACUGCAGC